AUGCAAUCUGAACGCGUCGACGAAAUGCAAAUUCUCAUGAAAAUUGGCGAUUAUUUUUCACAUUUGAAUAGCGCAACGCAGAAGAAUGUUUCCGAGACGAUGAAACCAGUUUGUAACGCUAAAGUGACGGGUUUAUUUGGUAGAAACGUGUUCGAAGAACUUCACACAAUUUAUGAGCAUUUUGGUGCCACACAAAACGUCUACACUAAAUACAGGGAGUUUGUUGCACGGUUGCAAAGCGAACGGGAACGGAACCAAGCGGAAAGAGUGUGGUCGUUUUGUAAAAAAAUUUAUCGAAUUUCAGUAUUUAAACCCGCAUUUUUGACCGUAUGGUUGGGAGCUGAACAGGUUUGUGCCUCUGAAUUGGGCUUUUGCAUUGCUGGAUUUCGUCCCGAUUUGCUUUUCUUUUGA